AUGGGUAUUACAGUAAUAGGUUCUCUAAACUAUGAUUUGGACACAUUUACGGAUAGAUUACCUAACGCUGGAGAAACUUUCAGGGCUAACCACUUCGAAACACAUGCUGGUGGUAAGGGAUUGAACCAAGCUGCGGCCAUUGGUAAAUUAAAAAACCCCAGCAGCAGAUAUAGUGUUCGAAUGAUUGGUAAUGUUGGAAAUGAUACAUUUGGUAAACAAUUGAAGGACACUUUAUCCGAUUGCGGAGUCGAUAUCACUCACGUCGGUACUUACGAAGGCAUUAAUACGGGUACCGCUACCAUACUAAUUGAAGAGAAAGCUGGUGGCCAAAAUAGGAUAUUGAUUGUAGAAGGUGCUAACAGCAAGACUAUUUAUGACCCGAAACAGUUGUGUGAAAUUUUUCCAGAGGGCAAGGAGGAAGAAGAGUAUGUUGUUUUUCAACACGAAAUUCCUGAUCCUCUUUCCAUUAUUAAAUGGAUACAUGCGAACAGGCCGAAUUUUCAGAUCGUAUAUAACCCCUCACCUUUCAAGGCCAUGCCUAAGAAAGAUUGGGAGUUGGUAGACCUUUUGGUCGUUAAUGAAAUUGAGGGUCUUCAAAUCGUGGAAAGUGUAUUUGAUAAUGAACUUGUUGAAGAAAUAAGGGAGAAGAUAAAGGACGACUUUUUAGGAGAAUAUCGUAAAAUUUGUGAGCUUUUGUAUGAAAAACUCAUGAAUCGAAAGAAAAGAGGAAUUGUGGUUAUGACUUUGGGUUCGAGAGGGGUGCUUUUCUGUUCGCACGAAAGCCCUGAAGUACAAUUCCUUCCGGCUAUUCAAAAUGUUUCGGUUGUUGAUACUACAGGAGCUGGAGAUACUUUCCUGGGCGGUUUGGUUACUCAAUUGUAUCAAGGAGAGACCUUGUCUACGGCUAUAAAGUUCUCUACAUUAGCUAGUUCAUUGACCAUUCAAAGAAAAGGUGCUGCUGAAAGCAUGCCACUGUAUAAAGAUGUUCAGAAAGAUGCAUAA